GCGUCCGGUGCCCACGUGUUUCAAGCAGUAUGGCGGAGAUAGACAGUCAGGACGUAGCUGAGCUCAAGUCUCCCGGAGAGGUGACGCAGAGCGGCGCCCUGCCUGCCGACCGCCAUGGCCUGCUGCAACACAGCCGCGAGUUCUUGGACUUCUUCUGGGACAUUGCGAAGCCGCAGCAGGAGACGCGGCUGGAGGCCACGGAGAAGCUGCUGGAGUAUCUGCGCACAAGGCCGCAGGGGUCCGAGAUGAAAUACGCCCUGAAGCGCCUAAUCACUGGGCUCGGGGUCGGGCGAGAAACAGCCCGGCCCUGCUACAGUCUGGCCUUGGCACAGCUGUUGCAGUCUUUUGAAGACAUCCCGUUGUGCAGCAUCCUGCAGCAGAUACAAGAAAAAUAUGAUCUGCGUCAAGUGAAGAAGGCAACCAUGAGACCUGCUCUCUUUGGAAACCUGUUUGGGGUGCUAGCCCUCUUUCAGUCCGGCCGGCUGGUGAAGGACCAGGAAGCACUGAUGAAGUCGGUGAAGCUGCUGCAGGUCCUGGCCCUGCACUACAACCACUUACAGGAGCAGCCACAGAAGGCCCUGGUGGACAUCCUCUCUGAGGUCCCAGAGGCCAUGUUGCAGGAAAUCCUGCCCAAGGUCCUCAAGGGCGACUUGAACAUGACACUCAGCUCCCCUGAGCGCCUGGAGCUCUUCCUCUUGGCCCAGCAGAAGGUGCCCGCAAAGCUCGAGAACAUGAUGGGAUCAGUCAACCUAUUCUCAGAUGAGAAUGUGCCCAGGCUGGUAAACGUGCUGAGGAUGGCUGCCACCGCUGCGAAGAAGGAGCGCAAGCUGCCCCCAGUGGCUUUGGGCCUGCUCCGCCUGGCACUUAAGGAGGACAAGUUCCCACAGUUCUGGAAGGAGGUUGUGGAACAAGGGCUGCUGAAGAAACAGUCCUGGCCAGCCAGCUACCUAUGUUUCCGCCUGCUGGGCGUGGCCCUGCCCCUACUGUCCAAGGAGCAGCUGCAGAUGGUGAUGCGGGGAGACUUGAUCCGCCAUUAUGGCGAGCACAUGGUCACUGCCAAGCCCCCGAACCAGUUCAGAUUUGGCCCGGAGAUGGACAAGUACGUGGGCACCUUCCUGGAGGGCUGCCAGGAUGACCCUGAGCGGCAGCUGGCUGUGCUGGUGGCCUUCUCAUCCGUCACCAACCAAGGCCUCCCUGUCGUGCCUACUGUCUGGCGGGUCGUGCAGUUCCUGAGUCCCCCCGCUGUGCAGGGCUAUGUGGCCUGGCUGCAGGACAUGUUUCUCCAGCCCAACCUGGACUCCUUGGUUGACUUCAGCACCACCAACCAGAAGAAAGCCCAGGAUGCAUCGCUCCACGUGCCCGAGCGAGCUGUGUCCCGACUACGGAAGUGGCUCAUCCACCGACUGGUCAGCAUCGUGGACAACACGCACCUGGAAAAGGAGGAUGCUUUGGUCGAGCAGGUGGCCAGGUUUUGUUUGUUCCACUCGUUCUUUGUAACAAAGAAGCCCACGUCCCAGGUCCCAGAGACUAAGCAGCAGUUCUCCUUCCCUUUGGAGAGCCAGUCCCGAGAGGUGGUCAGCAAUGCCUUCUUCAGUCUGCUGCAGACCCUCAGCACGCACUUCAAGCAGGCACCGGGCCAGACCCAGCGUGGGCAGUCCUGGGCCUACCGCCUGGUGCAGUGGGCGGACAAGCUGUUGAACCACAGCCGCAGCGUGACCACCGUGCUGCCCUUCACCACGCAGCAGCACCAGGCCUGGGACCGGAUGCUGCAGACUCUGAGGGACCUGGAGGCCCACUCCACAGAGGCCAGAGCUGCCGCCUUCCAGCACCUGCUGCUCCUGGUGGGCAUCCACCUCUUCAAGUCACCUGCAGAGAGCUGCGACCUGCUUGACGACAUCCAGACCUGCAUCAAGAAGAGCCUGGGGGAAAAGACCCGCCGGAGCCGCACCAAGGCCAUCAACUCCCAGGAGCCCCCAUGGGUGGAAGUGCUGGUGGAGAUCCUGCUGGCCCUGCUGGCCCAGCCCAGCCACCUGAUGCGCCAGGUGGCCCGGAGCGUGUUUGGCCACAUCUGCUCCCACCUGACCCCGCAUGCCCUGCAGCUAAUCUUGGAUGUGCUGAACCCCGAGACAAGCCAGGACGAGGACGAAAACGUGGUGGUCACCGACGAUUCUGAUGAGAAGCAGCUGGAGAACGCAGAGGACAAGAGCGAUGACAGCGAAGACAACAAAAACGCAGAGAGCGAGGACGAGAGUGAGGAGGAGGAGGAGAGCGAGGAGGAAGAUCGAGACGGGGACGUGGACCAGGGCUUCCGGGAGCAGCUGAUGGCCGUGCUGCAGGCCGGGAAGGCGCUGGGUGGCGCGGACAGUGAGGACGAGGAGGAGCUGGGGGACGAGGCCAUGAUGGCCCUGGACCAGAGCCUCGCCAGCCUGUUCGCGGAGCAGAAGCUGCGUAUCCAGGCCCGGCGCGACGAGAAGAACAAGCUGCAAAAGGAGAAGAUGCUGCGGCGCGACUUCCAGAUCCGGGUGCUGGACCUGAUCGAGGUGCUGGUGACCAAGCAGCCCGAGAACCCCCUGGUCCUGCAGCUGCUCCAGCCGCUGCUGCGCAUCAUCCGGCGCAGCAUGCGCACCAGCAGCUGCCAGCAGGAGCAGGAGCUGCUGCACAAGACGGCCCGCAUCUUCACGCACCACCUGUGCCGUGCCCGGCGCUACUGCCACGACCUGGGUGACCUUGUGGAGACUCUGCACACUCAGGUGGAGCAGCUAGUGCAGCAGGCCAGCCGCCAGGCCGACUCCUCUGUGGCCCUCUACCACUUCAACGCCUCUCUCUACCUGCUCCGGGUCUUGAAGGGCAGCAGUGGUGAGGGGUGUGCUCCUGAGACCCAGAAGAAGCCAAGAGCCGGCACUGACACCAGCCCCAAGCCCAAGGGCCCACAGACUGCCAGCUGCCUGGACUGGAACCUCGUGACCCCGGUCUACUCGUCAGCACUGAGCUCCUUCCUGACCAAGCGCAAUAGCCCACUCACGGUUCCCAUGUUUCUCAGCCUCUUCUCCCGGCACCCAGUGCUCUGUAAGAGCCUGCUGCCCAUCCUGGUCCAGCACGUAGCAGGCCCAGCGCGACCUCGCCAUCAGGCCCAGGCCUGCCUGCUGCUCCAGAAGACCCUGUCCAUGCGGGAGCUGAGGGCAUGCUUUGAGGACCCCGAGUGGAAGCAGCUGAUUGGCCAGAUCCUGGCGAAGGUCUCUGAGAACCUGCGGGCGCUGGGGCACGCACAGACCAAGGCGGAGCACCAGAAGGAGCUGUCCUCCCUGGAGCUGCUCAACACUCUCUUCAGGAGCGUCCUUCACGAGAAGCUGACCUUGGACCUGACGGGGCUCCUGGGCGUGCUGCAGGGCCAACAGCAGAGCCUACAGCAGAGCCUGCGGCAGGGGGAGCACUCCACCGGGUCCAGCCGCCUCUACGACCUUUACUGGCAGGCCAUGAAAGUCCUGGGAGUCCAGCGCCCCAAGCUGGAGAAGAAGGACACCAAGGAAGUCCCCAGUGCCGUCCAGAGCCCCAUGAGCAUGAAGCGGAAGAAGAAGGGGUUCUUGCCAGAGACCAAGAAGCGUAAGAAACGCAAGUCAGAGGAUGUCGCACAAGAGGAGGGUGCCAAGCCUACAGCCACUGCUGAGGGGCAGCCCCCCAGCACAGGCAAGAAGAAGAAGAGGAAGAGGGCAAAGGACAAAGCCCCAGCCCAGUCCCAGGUGAACGGGACGCCUGCUGUCAAGCGUCCAGCCCCAGACACCUCCACCCUGGACCCCAGCACCCCUGCCAAGACCCCAAAGCUACAGAAGAAACACCAGAAGCCGUCCCAGGUGAAUGGAGCCACUCCCGUGUCCCCCGUGGAGCCUGCAGUCAAAAAGAAGCAUCAGAAGGCUCUUCUCAAAAAGGAGGUCUCCGGCAAGUUACCGCAGUCCGCCCUGCCACGGAAAAAGGCCAGGCUGUCUCUGGCCAGCAGGAGUCCCAGCCUGUUCCAGAGCAUGGCCAGGAAGAAGAAAGUGCAGAUGAAGAAGGUGAAACGGUCCUGAACGCAGGCCCCCUCAGCCCCUGCCUCCCCAGCCCUAGAGACUAUUUUUUCACCAUGAUUUUAAUUAAUAAACAAGCCAUAGUCGGAGGCACUCGCUCUGGCACUGAGUGGUGGGUCUGUUGCCAGCCCGCCAGAGUGUCUGCGGGCAAGCACAGCCUCAGCUGAUUUCCCGGGGGUCCCAGGGCACAGACAAGGCCCUGCUUCUGCCGCCCGGCUGGCUGAUUCUCAGCCUGCAAAACACACGCCCUACACAGAGCUGGUCCCCCGGGCGGUGCGGGCCAGGCCCAGGCUCUGGUGUCCAGGUAGGUUGGUGUGGUUUGGCACACUGGCCAGGUCACAGGUGUGACCACUCCUCCUGUCCCCAACCCCAGGCUGUUUGCAACCAGGGCAUGAUUUAAAUAGGUUUAUUUUUUCAUUUAUAAGAGGAAUAUAUUUGGCUUCUCUCUUAAGACUCUGAGAUUCACAAUCAGCAGCUCUAAAAAAUAAAGGAGCAGUUUGGCUUCCGGAAGGAAGAGGAGGCAA